UCCAAUGAGAUUGUAGUUUUCGUAAUAUGCAUGUAAUAGUUUUUUAGUUGUAACCAUGUGUUUAAAAUUCGCAGGUUUUGUCUAUGGUGUAACGAUUACAGCCGUUAGAUAUUCAUUAUUAUUGUAAUCAAGUUCUGUACGAUAUUACUACGCAUUGUUGAAUAUAUAAUGUAAUGAACUUUUAUUAACUCAAUAACUGUUAUCUUUAUUAGAAUUAAAUUAAAACAUGUGGAAAAGUAUUCAAGGUGUCUAUGGAGCAUUUCACUUUCAGCUAUCAAAGGCUUGUCUAAACUCCAGCACUUUUCGAUCUAGAUGGUUGAUUUCAAGAAUCUCACCUUUCAGUACCAAUGAAUCACAGCCACCACAAUAUGGGCACGGCUUUCCUAUCCCUUCCUUCACAGUUCGUCAAGAUGAGCCUUUACCUUUAAAGAGAGCUCGUCUUCUGUACCAAAGUAGAAAAAGAGGAAUGCUUGAGAAUGGCUUAAUAUUGAGCACCUUUGCAGCAAAACACUUGAACUCCUUUGAUGAACAACAAUUGGAGCAGUAUGACAAGCUGAUAAAUUUGCCAUCAAAUGAUUGGGAUAUUUAUUACUGGGCAACAGAAGUAAAGGAAACGCCACCAGAAUUUAAAAAUGAAGUGAUGGAUUUAUUAAAGCAACACGUGAAAAAUGAUGACAGAGAAGGUCGCUGUAAACAGCCUGAUUUGACAUAGUUGAUAUUAUGAAAUGUUGACUGAUGUUACAUGUAUGUAUCAAUCUUAUAAGUUAUAACAAUAUCUAGAAAAUAAGGGGAAAAACAGAUUUUAAAAUAAGUACAUGUAUAUUAUAGUUAUGAUUGUUACAUCUACAUAGAAUAAUAAAGUUGGCAUAUUUAACAAAUAUCAGUAAAAAGAUAAAUAAAUUUGGAAAUUUUGAAAAUAAAUUUAAAGAUGUGAUGACAAACUGCAUUAUAAUCUGUUUGAUUGAAGAUUAACCUGCUUCAUCACCUACUUUGUACAUUCUGGUGAAUAUUUUAAUUUCAAAAUUUUUUUUUGUUCACAGUGAAUUUAAUGUGAUCCAUUUCAUUAACUGAAAAAUAUUAGCCAAUACUAUCAGUAAUUAUAAUGCCUAGUAGAAAUUUUUAACUUUGUCCACCUAAUUGUAUAGUGUUUUUAAAUAAGUUUAAAUUUGGAUCCUCGCCUGUCCAAGUAAUGUUUGUGCAUUUGUUAUAAUUUUUUUAAGUUAUUUGAAAUACUUAUGAGUUAAUGAAGUACAAUAAUAUCAAUAACACUGUGUUUGAAAAAGGUGGUUGAAUGUGUUUAAGUAGAAAAAAAGUCUAACUUGAAAUUAGUCUUCCUGUUGGACAGCAGUAAGUCUACAGAUUUACAGUGCUAAAAUCAGGGGUUUGAUUCCCCUCUCAGUGGACAAAGCAGAUAGCCAGAUGUGGCUUUGCUUUAAAAAAAAAAACAUAAAACUUGAAAUUUGAAUCCUAGGCCUAAGUAAAUGAUACACUUUGGGCAUAAUGGAAACAUAAAUAAUCAUUUAAGAUGCAUAUGUCCAUAUUACACAUUGAAACUACAAGAUAAAGUCAGAUUGUUAUUUAUUAAGAAGCAAAAACAUGUUAAAAUAGUGAGGGAAAAGUUAUUAAACGUAAAAUUAAGGAAUUAGUUUUAUUAUUAAUACAAACAAAUUAUAAUUGUAAUCAUCCAGUUAGCUUUCAUUGUGUUGGUACUAAUGCUUUUUCAAUAUGCGUUUUACAAAUUAAAGUAAGCUGACACAUUUUAUGAUAAUAUCACAAAAAAAGCACUAUUUAUUUGAUGAAAAUUAAGGUAAACAGUGAAAUUCUAAUUAUCUAAUAAUUAAAACAGUUUACUUUAGUCAGAUGAGAAUGCAAAGAACAGAUAUUCUUUGGCUUGAAAAGAACAAUAGCAGUUCAACACUGAAAAUAUUGUUAUGCUGGUCUAAUUAAAAUGGUGACAAAUA